ACCAUUUCCAGGCUGGCUGUUGGUGCUGUUGGUUUAAGUCCAGCUAAACUCUGAAUGGGUUGGAUAUAGAGGUGUGUUUUCCAUGAGAUAUUUGACACCAGAAGCCAAAUUCAGCAUAAAUCCAAACCUGGUGCAGAGCUGCAUUAGUGAAACAGAGGAGACAGGAGAGAAGUUUAUUCACAUCUCGGAUGUACAGUUUUAAAUCUCGUUGCUCUCAGGAAGUUUGUUAAUCACUUCAGUCUCACAUAGGAGCUGUAUGAGCACUUUUAACCUGCUGGAGAAGAUCUGAGGAUUUCCCACAUACACCGAGACGCUGUUCCAUCUCCUGAAGGUCAAAGGUCACGUCACCAUGAGUAGCACAUGGCUAAGAGGACUUGCUCUUGUUUUUUUAUCCCAGAGCGCUUUCUCCAUGACUCUCUUUAACGCCACAGAGCUGAGCUCUCUCUUGGAAAAAUAUGCUGAUGAAAAUGAAGCAAAACCAAGAGGGAAGCGGGCAAUCAGUGCCAUCGAUAAACAGGCCAUCCUGGACCUGCACAACAAACUCCGAGGUCAAGUUUAUCCACCCGCGUCCAAUAUGGAAUACAUGGUUUGGGAUACUGAAUUGGAGAGAUCUGCUGAAGAAUGGGCUGAGACAUGUUUAUGGGAACAUGGACCAGAAGGCUUGCUUAAUUACAUCGGCCAGAACUUAGGAGUUCAUUGGGGAAGGUAUCGCCCUCCUACAUCUCAUGUUCAAGCCUGGUACGAUGAAGUCAAAGAUUAUUCCUUCCCAUAUCCUCAAGAGUGUAAUCCUUAUUGUCCAUUCAGAUGUACAGGGCCCGUGUGUACUCACUACACACAGCUUGUUUGGGCAACCAGCAGUCGAAUUGGUUGUGCCAUUAACGUCUGCUAUGAUAUGAACGUCUGGGGACAAAUCUGGACGAAGGCUGUUUAUUUGGUCUGCAAUUACUCACCAAAAGGGAACUGGUGGGGAAGUGCUCCAUAUAAACAUGGUACACCGUGCUCAGCCUGUCCACCCAGCUAUGGAGGAGGAUGUAAAGACAAUCUCUGCUAUAAAGAUGACAAUCAAUACUAUUAUGAGGAGACAGAGGAAGACAACAUCAUCGAACCUGAAGCACCGAUCACUACAAGACGCCCCGACACACACUCACAUACACACAGCAUCACUGUUGCGAGCACCGAACAGAUGUCACAACUUGUAACAUGCGAGACAAAACUUCGAGACCAGUGUAAAGGCACGACAUGUAACAGGUAUGAAUGUCCAGCUGGAUGUUUGGACAGCCCUGCAAAAGUAAUUGGAACUGUGUAUUACGAAAUGCAUUCGAGCAUCUGCAGAGCCGGUCUUCAUUAUGGAGUGAUCGAUAACAAUGGAGGCUGGAUGGAUGUCACUAGAAUGGGCAGGCAGGAGUUUUUCAUCAAAUCAUACAAAAAUGGAGUUCAGUCUCUUGGGAAAUAUCAGAGUGCCAAUGCCUUCAUUGUGUCCAAAGUGUCCAUACAUGUUAUUACAUGUGAGACGACAGUGUCUGCAUUGUGCCCAUAUGAAAGCCCUGUUAAACACUGUCCCAGAAUCUACUGUCCGCAAAACUGUCUGCAAGAACACCCUCAGGUCUCCAGAGUCAUCGGGACCAAAAUCUAUUCAGAUAAAUCCAGUAUCUGCAGAUCAGCAGUUCACGCUGGCGUGAUAAAGAACGAACAGGGUGGCUUCAUUGACGUGAUGCCGGUGGAAAACAGGCUGUACUAUUACGGCUCCUAUCAAAACAACGUUUUGUCUGAGAGUAUGCAGAAUCCUCCAGGAGGAAAAGCUUUCCGAGUGUUUGCAGUCAUCUGAGCGCAUCCCGAACUCUAAUCACUUUUUUCUGGUGGUUGUUUACACAAGUGAUUACUGAGCUAAGUACAGUUAGAAGGUGGAGAAGAAUAAGAAGAUCUGUACAUAUUUGCCAUAUUUUGUUCAAUUUGUUUUGCGGAUGUUGUAUGUAAUGUUUUGUCUUUGUGAUGUUCUCAUCCUGAAUUUAAGGCAAUUAAUUAGAGGACAAUACAGGGAUUAUAAUAUCCAAAGGUCCAAAAGUCUGUGUGCAUUACUAGAACAGUUUUCUCAUUUUAAUUAAAAAAAAUGUUGUUAGCACAGAACACACCGAGUUUUAACAUAUUCAUAUUCAGAAGUACGCCAAUUUCACACAGAUGAACUGCAAUGUAUUGUGUAAUAAUCAUAAUAAUAAUGAUAAUAAUAAUAAUAACUGUCAAUUACCAAAUAUUGUAUUAAAAUAUAUAAGUUCUGUGUAAUAGCUGAUGAAUUACUUGGUAGUGCACUCAGACUUUUGGACCCCACUUUAUAUAACAUCAAGUCACGUAAAGCAGUAUUUGGCUUUGUGGAGGUUAGUACUCACUCACACUGAGAAAAUGAGGCAUGAAAAGGAAAUCCAUCUAUAGUUGAGCAAUAUGUUUGACAUAUUGGGCCAUAUUCACACCUGGUGACUUAGAGAUGCAGGUGGCUAAGAUGAAUUUUUCUUGUGGAAAGCUGUAAGAGAACGAAUUUUUCAAUAAUAUCCAGACUUCCAUCUUUGAAAAAAACACAAGCACAUGAUUUUAAGCCUAAAAUACACUGAGCGACAAAAAAUGCUCAUUUUCUUAAUGUCAAUUAUAAUAUGAUACAACGUCAAAUUAAGAUACAGUUUAAAAAUGUAUAUUAAUAGGAUAAUAUAUGUAUCAUAAGAGGGCAAAUAUUAAAAUAAAAAAACAAUUAUAGCAUAAAAUAGUCCUCUAUUUUUGCACAGUUUCGCUUAAUUUAGCAGAUGGGUUCAUUACUUAGUUGCCAUCCUUUAAAAUAGCUCUUUAAAACCACAAUACUAUACCACAGAUCCUAACAUACUGUACUAAUAAACUGUACUAAAAAAAGCAGGCCCAGUCACAAAUCUACUUGAGUAUUCAAGAGUAAAACUAAAUAACUUAUCAAAAUUAACAAUCUAGACAUGGAUUUUUAAAUAAUUAACAUUCCUGCCCUGUUGGAAUGAUGCUAAGGUGGCAUUAACAAAAAAAGGAAAAAAAAAAAAAGAUAGAAUAUUUACCAAACUUGAAACUAUUACUUUUUUAGAUUUGAUGGCAAAUGGCCUUUGCUCAAUGACUAAUCAGUAAAGUUACGUGCAGUGUUUUAGGUUGUGAAUUUGAUUUUUAAAAUGUAAUAGCAGUUAAGCAUGAAAUUAUUAGAAAAGAAAUUAUGGCAUUUGAGAUUGAAGUAAUUUAAAGGUCAAAAUGAAAUGUAAGGAUUAAAAUGUAGGGGUUUUUUUCUCGUGUAAAUUUACUUGAGUACAAGUAUUCAACAAUAAUUCUCAAUAAUACUAGAAAUAGCACUUAAUUACAGUAACAAAGCACAAUUAGUCAAGUAUUAUCCACCCCUGUUCAGUUGACUCUGUGAAAGGUACUAUUUAAACAACUUAAAGAAAGUGAGACACACAGGAGUGAAAAGUGAUCACAGCAUCAUAGUGCGUUAGAUAUUUGAUCUUGCCAUGAAAUGGCACUAUAGUGUUUUGUGCUUGUGCAUUGCUCAAAACACCAAUUUCAGCAUGAAAUAUUGUAGAUAUAACAAAUAGCAGGAAAAGUGGCACAGGACGUAAUAACAAACUUGGCUGGAGUAGAUCUCACACAAGAUAACUAUAUGUACAUAAUGAAUAGCAAACAGUUUUUGCCAUACUUUACGAAGACCUGUCCAGGCAGGGCUUACGUCUGUAGUUAAUUCUAAGGUCUGAGUACAAAUGUGCACAGUUUCCGUAUUAACAACUCAGCACGUCAUGCCCUUGACUCUCAACUCUGAAUAUUAAUUAAGAAUAUGUAAUAAUAUCUGCUUAUACUGUUUUAAUAUGUGAUCCAGUUUGUAGUCAUUUUGAUCUCCUGCUUUUGUAAAAGUCUAAAUUGUAGCUACCUGAUGAGUUAAUGUUCUCAUUUAUCCACAAAGGGACGCAUACCUUUGAGGAUUUUCCGUUAGAUUGUACUAUGGAGGAAGUCAGCUGUGACAUCCCCAAUUAUGGCACAUGUUUAGGACGUAAGUUCUCAAAAAAAAAUGUUUUUGUAUUUUUGUUAUUGUUUAUGUAUUUUUAUAUCCAUACAGCUGCUAAGUAUUUUUUUUCUUUAUACCUGAGGUAUUGUAAAUUUCAAUAAUGAUUAUAUUCCUGCAGAGCAGGAAACUAUAUUUCAAUAAUUUUCGUAACAAAAAAAUUUGAAUAUUGUACUUUAACUCCAUUAAACAUUAUGUAAAUAUUCUUUGUUUCAAUAGUUGCACACAAGUUAGAAAUAUAAUUUAACUUGGUAGGUAACAAACAGUACUGUUUGGUAUUUAGGCUUGAUGCUAUUUCUGUACACAAUAUGUUCUUUUCUGACAUUGUUUUCAGAAUAAGACUUUAUUAAUCCCAUAUA